AUGAAGCUGCUGGCUGUGUCUCCACUUCUCUGGGCAAUGAUGGCUCUGACCACUGCUGCCAGUGAGUAUAAAGCUAUAUUAAACUUCCAAUCCUGUCCUCCUGGUUGGACUCAGUACUGCAACCGAUGUUUCUACUAUGUUUCCCAAACCAUGAUUUGGGGUGAUGCUCAGAGAAACUGUCAGUCCAUGAAGGCAAACCUUGCAUCUGUGCACAGCCUCGAGGAGUACCAGGUGAUUCAGAAGGUGAUAUCUGAUGCCAGUAAAGCAAGUGGCCGAACAUGGAUUGGUGGUACUGAUGGUCAAAAGGAGGGUUAUUGGUUUUGGAUUGAUGGGACACGUCUCACAUACACAAACUGGUGUCUGGGAGAGCCUAACAACGUUUCUGGCAAAGAGAGCUGCAUGGAGAUGAAUUUUUCAGGAAAGAAGUGUAUGAAUGAUGAGAGCUGUUCCAGCAGAUUCCCAUCUGUCUGUGUUGGGAGAAUCUGAUGAUUCCUGGGCUGACAUGAAGGCAUGGACACCUAACAAAGAAGCAAAUAUUCUCAUAUAUCACCCAAAAUAUCUGUUUUUACAUCUUUAUUUCUUUUCUUUAGCUGUAACACUGCAUAAGGAGUC